UCGCCGCCUCCCCCUUUUUUUCUCUGUCUUCCUCACCCACCCCCUUUUCUCUCCGUCUCCCUCGUCCCUACACCUCCAGUCUGCUUCUGUUGUCUCGGCGGAUUGUUGCGGGCUGUGGGAGAGAAAAGGAUAUCGCGAGUAUUGGAGUUUUGGUGAGAGUUUGUGGAAGAUGGCGCCUGUUGUGACAGGGAAGUUCGGGGAGCGCCCUCAGCCACUGCGCCUAACAAGAGAAGCGAUGAGGAAUUACCUGAAGGAGCGAGGUGACCAAACUGUCAUGAUCCUGCACGCAAAAGUUGCACAGAAAUCCUACGGCAAUGAGAAAAGGUUCUUCUGCCCUCCUCCCUGCGUUUACCUGAUGGGCAGCGGCUGGAAGAAAAAGAAGGAGCAGAUGGAGCGGGACGGCUGCUCCGAGCAGGAGUCGCAGCCCUGCGCCUUCAUCGGCAUCGGCAACAGCGACCAAGAAAUGCAACAGCUGAACUUAGAGGGAAAGAACUAUUGCACAGCCAAAACCUUGUACAUAUCCGACUCCGACAAGAGAAAGCACUUCAUGUUGUCCGUCAAGAUGUUCUACGGCAACAGCACUGACAUCGGCGUCUUCCUCAGCAAGAGGAUCAAAGUCAUCUCCAAGCCCUCCAAAAAGAAGCAGUCCCUAAAGAACGCUGACUUGUGCAUCGCAUCAGGGACCAAGGUGGCGCUCUUCAACCGGCUUCGGUCCCAAACAGUCAGCACGCGCUACCUACACGUGGAGGGCGGCAACUUCCACGCCAGCUCCCAGCAAUGGGGCGCCUUUUACAUCCACCUGUUGGAUGAUGAGGAGUCAGAAGGAGAAGAGUUCACUGUGAGAGACGGUUACAUCCACUACGGCCAGACAGUCAAGCUGGUGUGCUCUGUCACCGGCAUGGCCCUGCCCAGACUGAUCAUCCGUAAAGUGGACAAGCAGACGGCGCUGCUGGACGCUGACGACCCCGUCUCCCAGCUCCACAAGUGUGCGUUCUACCUGAAGGACACGGAACGCAUGUACCUGUGCCUUUCCCAAGAAAGGAUCAUCCAGUUUCAAGCCACUCCAUGCCCAAAGGAACCAAACAAGGAGAUGAUCAAUGACGGCGCCUCCUGGACAAUCAUCAGCACAGACAAGGCUGAAUACACUUUCUACGAGGGCAUGGGCCCCGUGCACUCGCCUGUCACCCCCGUGCCUGUGGUAGAGAGCUUACAGCUAAACGGUGGAGGAGACGUCGCCAUGCUCGAGCUGACGGGACAGAACUUCACUCCAAAUCUGCGGGUCUGGUUUGGAGAUGUCGAAGCGGAGACCAUGUACAGGUGUGCGGAGAGCAUGCUGUGCGUGGUGCCCGACAUCUCCGCCUUCCGCGAGGGCUGGCGCUGGGUGCGGCAGCCCGUGCAGGUGCCCGUCACGCUGGUCAGGAACGACGGCAUCAUCUAUUCCACCACGCUGACCUUCACUUACACACCGGAGCCGGGGCCGCGGCCGCACUGCAGCGCCGCCGGGGCCAUCCUGCGGGCCGGGAACUCCACCCUGCUCAGCAACAGCAGCCAGGAGCCCGGGGUCUACGGCCCCAACAGCACCUCCAACGCAGGAGUCACGUCCUCAUCCUCCACCGCGGCAGCCGUGGUCUCCUAACGCACACAGGGGGCCACUCUAUACAAUAUGCCUUGAGAGCGAAUGUACCACAAGGUAUAUAAAGACUACGGGAAAUAAUAAACAAAGACUCUAAAGUGCUGCGUAUACAUUUUGGAUACAAAGAAGCUGAAAAAUUGGUGGGAGAAAAGACGCAGGGGGAAUCUGAAGGCGGAGCGACGUCACGGUGCUGUCAGCCAAUGGGAAUAAGCGCUCCGUGACACGCCCCCCUCUCCUGCGGUUACUUUAGGGACCUGCCUAUCCACUUCUGGUGUUUCGGAACGAGUGAAGUUCCUUCAAGCACCAGCACCUUUCUACGGCCACAACAACAAUACAUCCACCGUGUACAAAAAAAAAAUCUCUCGGAAGGAAAGUAUAUUUUUGCGCCCUCCCAAAAAAAACCCUCUCGCCACUUGUUUUAUAAUUAUUCCUUUUUGUUUUGUUUUGUUAUUUUCUCGUUGAUUUCCUAAAGGGGGCUGGAUGUAUUGUUGUUGGAGGGAGGAUGCAGAGGGACACACAUAAAACGUGACGAUAACAUAGUUUUUAUGGACCAAGGAUCUUGUAUAAGCUUUAGUAAAGGUACAUUUUUCUCCAUACCUUUUUUGUAUUAAACAUAUAGUACACUUUUGUUACCAAAUAGUUUCUAUUCUUCCUCUGAGCUUGGGCUUUGUUUUCCCCCUUUUCUGAGGUCCAAAAUCCCAACCUGUAUGUUAUUGUGACCUUACUACAAACGCCUGCUUUUUCAACCUUUUGGAUUUCUUUCUUUGUUUUUUGAUACUCUCGCUUCUUCUGUUGGGGAAAAAAUCUGAAGUCUGGGUUGUUUGUUUUACAUAAGGUUGUAUUUGUUUGUUGUUUUUUUUUAAAUUGGGGAAUAACCUCAGAGGGCCUAUGUUUUAUCAUUGGUUUUUAUGAAGUCUUUAAAAAGAAAAGCUUUAAGCAACGCCUCUGCCUUGCCUGCAAUACUCUAUGUGCGCUAUGUCCUCCUUCGGAAAGUAUACACAUCAGUACAUCUCACGUGGAGUCCUGGCAACAUUUGCAGAACAACUAGACUUCCGUGGUUACGAAAAACGGAGUCAGUUUGUCAUUUCUCAAACAAGCAUAGUCAUUGACUGAAAAUGAUAGCCUUAGUACUGUAUAUUCUUACUGUGUACACAGUCAAACCGCUCACAUAUCUAAUGUCCUGUAUCUUGCGCUCACUGUUAGCUUAUCGUGAUGUAGUGAAAAAACUACACCGAGCAAGGGGUCUUCCAGUGGUGGCAUUUAACCCAAAAAAAAUUCAAUUUGAUGUGGCCUUACCGAUAACUUCAAUUACAAAAAAGAAACGUACUUCACCUUUUUCUUAAUCUGCUCAUGUCGGAGGAUCCUGUGCAUAGCACAAGAUAAUGCCUCGCUCCUUUUUAACACAGGAGCAGUUUUGAGCUCCACCUUUAUCAUGCAAAGCAGCCUUCCGGAAGGAGUCUCUUCGGUGUACAAUAAGCCCGUUUUUUAUUCUCAUGCGGUGCCCGGCACCUUUCCGCUUUUGGUACAAUGUCUCACGAGCGCCGUAAGCUCUUUUCUCAGCCUUCUUUUUAAAACAAAAACAAAAAAUCUCCUGUGGUUUUAUUAUCUUUGCUGAAUGUGUGUGUGUGCGUGUGUGUGUGUGUGUGUGUGUGUGUGUGUGUGUGUGUACAUCGUAGACUCAGAGUAGUUGCACUCAUCCGUGUUCAUGGCGACCGCGUCUCCUGUAGGAGUUUAAAGGCCUUCUAAAUGUGUGUUAAUGAAGAUUUCCAAACAGAACAGCAAUAUUGUACAGGUCAUUUCAUCGUCUUUUGUCCGCCUGAGCACUAGUUCACCAGCCAGCAAAUAUGUGUGUGUGUGUGUGUGUGUGUGUGUGUGUGUGUGUGUGUAUGUGUGUGACUGACUGACUGUCAUGUGUAGUUGCUGUAAUGGAAUAUUGAGUCAGACUCGCUCCAUUUCAAAAGUGUGUUCCAACUGCUCUCCAAAAAAAAACAAAAAACCGAAUGGGGUGUUUCUGUCUUCCACCAGGAUCCAAAUGUCUGAUAAGAUAAACAUUCGAAGGCAAUACUUGUGAUCUUAGUAUUACAGUACAACUGUAUACACUUCCGGGGGAAAAGAACAACACAACUGUAACUUGAAUGUCUGCUUGAUGAAGUAUUUCUUACAAACAAACCCUUGAAAUAGGAACAAAAAUGGAUUCGCUUGCACCCCCACCCCCUACCCCCUUUCGAUGUAAAAAAGAUUAAGUUAUGCCCCCGUUUCGCCGCCCACCUGUCAGUCAUUCAUGUUAAAUGUUUUAUAUUGUAAUAUUUUUUAAAUUAUUGGUACAAAGUCUCCCCUUGUCUUACGUCAAAACAGAAAAAGAAAAGUGCAUUAUCGCCCGUGCUGCCUCGGCUGUCCUGGGAGUGUAUUUUGUUUCUUUUAUAAAAAAAGAGGCCACUUCCUGUUUAUCCUGGAAAUCGUGGAGGUGCUGCAGCGGCAGUGUAGCGUCAAGUAUUUGAGCUGCAGGUCAACCUGAACCCUUUACACACAGAAUCUUAACUGUAGAUUUUUAACCUGAGUGUUUUUCUAAUAAAUUCAGCGAGUUUGUAACCUAGCUUCUGCAUUAGCAUCACGCCCCUCCUUCCUUCCUUAACCCCCCCCCCCCCCCUCGAGCUUGGAUAUUUUGGGGUUUUUGUUUACAUGCGGAGUCGCCUCUUACAGCUGACCACCUCUGGCUUCUCAUCAUGUCGACUCUUGAGCAGAGCAGCUCUGUCACGUUAGCUCAAAUACCUAAUACAGGGGGUGAUGCAUGCUUUUAAAAAACAAUGUGUCGCCUUGACAAUCUCAGCUGGUUUACAGUGAAUACAUUUCUCAUAAAGGGGAUGAGCUAUCAAAAAGGGGUCAAAAAAUGUUACAUGCCUUCUUAAAUAACUCAAAAGAGAAAGAGGAAAAAUGUCAUUUAGCGAUGCUUCUUACAAAAUAUCUUAACCGGUUUCUUUCUCUGUGUGUGUGUGGUCAUAUUUGUUCUUCCAAAAGCAGCUGUUCUUGUGUUUGUUUGUUUUUUAUAAGGAGCUCUGAACAAUGUAUGUAUCCUCUAAUAUGCCAAAUGUCUUUUAUAAUGUAGUUUUCAUGCACUGCUAAACAAAACAGGGCAGAGUGAGAGGCAGCUUUAAAUGAAUUUAAAAAAAAGGAGUGUGGAGCCCUUCUCUGUCGCACUCAGCCUUACUUCUCCUUAAGACUAUUGGCUGUUUGCACUACAGAGCGCUAACCCUUUCUCUUUCUCUCACACAUUUCAUUCUCACUCUUUUCCGCUCAUGUUUAUGUAUGUACAUUCGGAGUUUCCCCUCCCUUUUUUUGUUUUUAACACGCAGCCUGUUAUGCUUAGCUUUGCUACAGUUGGAUCACCUUUCCGUUGUCAUUCUCCCCUUCCUCUCCUUCUCCACUCUUUCACUCUCACUGUAUCUGUGUAUUAUUCUAGUAAAUGGUAAGCAGAGGUGUCAUUGUGGUAGUAUACUCAGUGCUCAAAGGGUUGCUGAUGGUAGAAACCUGUGCCGUUUGUAACAUUUAGCAAUAACGUCAAAACAAAGGGGACGGUUUUAAAUAACAUACGUUAGUUUUGUUUUUGUACAUAUUGCAGCUCCAGAUCAUGCUCAAAUCUGUAUGUCAUUAAAAGAAGAAAAAAAAACGAGAAAAAAAACUUGCAAUAUUGGCAUAAAAAUGAGAAAUAAAAAAAGUGAUAUAAAGUC